GGAAGUCAGUAUCGAUCUGGACGUGAGAGUGAGAUGGACAGAGGAUCUUUGUUAGAGAACCAUAUAUUAUUUAAUCUUGUAAAGAAGGACCUUUAAAUCUGUUGUAGAUAGUGAUCUGGAAUCUGAUGUCAUAAGGAUUUUUAAAUUGUGAAUUCCGCUUGAAAUCAGUAGUGAGCUGGUUACGUCAGUUUCAUUAUAGAUGGGUAUUUAAAGCAGUUGAAGAUCCACCAAGUCGCAUUUUUUUCUCCCAGUAUUAACAGAAACUGAAACUCUCACUGAAGUUUCACUGUCAUGAGAAAGAGACUUUCGAAGAUGGUGUAACGAUGUCAGUUUUUUGAAAAGAAAGCAAGUGCCCAAAUUGUCAAAGGGAAGAAUCGAAGAAUAGUUUAACAGAAAUACAGAACUCGGAGAUCGUCGCCAUGAGCGGAACUGAAGGAUAUGACAACCCAGCAUACGUGAAAGAAGGAAGAGACUCUGUCGUAGAGAUCGACGGCGGAAACAAAAGGUCUCGGCGGAGGGAGAGACUCACCUACUCCUGGCAAGAUCUGAACGUCUUUGCUCCUGUCAUCCAAGGCUGCUUCAGGAAAUCGCAGGUCGCGGAGAAGCACAUUCUCAGGAACGUAACUGGAAUAUGCAGGCCAGGAGAGCUACUAGCCGUCAUGGGAGCUUCAGGAGCAGGAAAGACCACCCUGCUGAAUUGUCUGAACUUCAGGAGUGAUCCUACUCUGAAAAUUAAAGGUAAAGUGUACAUAAACGGCCAACGAGUGACCCCUGACAUCCUUACAAGCAGGUCAGCAUACGUUCAGCAGGAGGACAUAUUCGUCGGUACGAUUACCGUUAAAGAACAACUCGUAUUCCAGGCUAACUUACGUAUGGAUAAAGACCUGUCAACAGCAGCGAGGAUGCAGCGAGUCGAAGACGUCAUGAUUGAGCUCAAUUUGGUCCAUUGCGCUAACACCUACAUAGGUAUUCCAGGGACUCUCAAAGGCAUAUCAGGAGGCGAAACCAAACGUCUGGCUUUUGCUUGCGAGGUUCUGACAAAUCCUCCGAUAAUGUUUUGUGACGAGCCAACGACUGGUCUGGACUCGUUUAUGGCCCAGAACAUCGUCGAAGUGAUGAUGAAUUUGGCCAAAAAGGGAAUGACGAUCAUCUCUACCAUCCACCAGCCCAGCUCGGAGGUCUUUGCCAUGUUCAACAGAGUCCUUCUGAUGGCUGAAGGGAGGACGGCUUACCUCGGUUCUACUGCAGGUGCAAUGGAAUUCUUUGCUGGAAUGGGAAAGGUGUGCCCGGAGAACUACAAUCCGGCCGAUUACUUCAUCGACAACCUGGCCAUCCAGCCCGAGAAGGAAGAGGAGUGCAAGCAGUUCGUGGAAUCUGCCUGUAACGCCUUUGACAAGAGCUCCACCGGUCAGCUGGUCCUUCAGGGAGUUAAGGACAACGCCCACGCCCUUGCGAAUGGGUCUGCCCACGGGAGACAUGAAAUGAAGGCAUCGCGGUCUCCCUAUAAAGCGAGCUGGGGCGCGCAAUUCUCAGCAGUCUUCAAACGAUGCAUUCUCGAAAAUGUCAGGGAUCGUAUGGUGAUGAGGGUCAAACUCGCUCAGUACAUUAUGAUAUCGCUUAUCGUGGGCUUGAUUUAUUUCGACCAAACGUACAACAAGAAGGGCGUGGACAACAUCAACGGCGCCAUCUUUCUUAUCCUCACUCAAGUCAGCUUCAGCUCCUGCUUUGCUGUUGUCAGGGUAAGUCCGGUCAGGGUCCCUCUCUUCCUUCGGGAGCACUUUAACGGGAUGUACCGAGUGGACGUCUACUUCCUCUCCAAGAACCUGGCCGAGUUGCCCCUCAACAUUUGCCUCCCCGUCAUGUUCGUCUCCAUCUCCUACUUCAUGAUUGGCUUGAACCCAGAGGCUGACAGGUUCUUCAUACAUAUGGGCCUGGUCGUGCUCACCGUCAAUGCUGUUACUUCUUUUGGCUUCAUGAUCUCAUGCAUUUCCAAGAACGAGCAGGUGGCGUCAGCUUUAUCCGCGCCUCUGCUCAUUCCACUUAUGCUCUUCGGGGGACUCUUCAUGAAUAACGACUUGGUGCCUGAUUACCUCAUCUGGAUCAAAUACAUCUCGUGGUUCUAUUACGGCUUCGAAGACUUGGCCAUCAACCAGUGGAAGGGCGUCGACUACAUCAAUGCAACGACACCAGAGGGCGACGUUCUGGACGGGGAAGGCGUCCUCGAAAUUCUGGGAUUCGAAGAGGAUCAUAUGAUCAGGAACGUGGUGCUGUUAGCCUCGCUACUGGUCGGUUUUCGCCUCCUGGCGUUCCUGGCCUUGCUCUUCAAAGCGAGGAGGGGCCAAGUCAAGAGUUACGAAUGAGGACAUGGGGAAAAUGAAAAGUGCCGAUAGAAAAAGCUCUUGCAGGAAAGGAACUGCAAACUGCUGUAUAUAAACUUCUGCUCAUAUUGCUGGACAU